AUGGCGGUCUACCUCGCGCUGUUGGCGCUGCAACUAGCAGUCGCCAGCGCUGGGAAGUGUACCACUGGCUUCUCAGUGGUCGCUCCAGAAGUAGCAGUACCAGGGAAAACCACUGCAAUCCUCGUCACUCUUCAUGGAAGAGCUGGAGAUGAGACCCUGGAUCCUCUCAACGUUACGGUCAGGCUUGAAACUCAGGACGCGAACAAUGAUGUGAAACAGCUGACUGCUGCUAGCCAAAUGAUUUUGGGUUACGGCAUCAUCCCCCUCAAGAUCCCAUCAUCGCCAGCCACUCAUUGCACGCUACACACCACAGUCGGUUGCGUUGGCAAUGACGAGUGUACUGCCAAGAGUCACAGUGUCAUCCGUCUGCUGGGUCCAGUGAGAGAUGUGAUUGUAAGACCGGCGAGGCAUCAUUACCGGCCGGGGGAAACUAUUACCUUCUGGAUCCUCGCCUUGGACCAUGAUCUGCGGCUCGUUAGAGGAGAAUUGGCUUACGUGGCACUCAGUGACCCAGCAGGCACCAAGGUCGCUAUAUGGGAACAGCUAUCUAUGGAUGAAGGCGUACGCAAACUCAGCGCAAUCUUAGCAACUGGUGCCCGCUCCGGUACCUGGCGCAUCGAAGCCCGCUGCGGAGGCGGUUCAGCAAGGGUUGACAUCACCGUUGGCAAUGGCAUGGGGAACACGGCACCAGCAGCACCGGCCGCUGAACAGCAUUAUGUGGAGCUGAGAUUUGCUGACAGCAUGAGAAGGCGGUAUAAGCCGGGAUUGCCUUUUGUUGGGAGGGUCGAAGCAAUGAGCACGGAAAAGCGAGUCCGGGUACGCGUCAAGCUAUAUGACGACAAGACCGAUAUCUAUAGUCAAGACAUUGACAUGUCGACGGGUGAAGGCGGAUUCAUAGUCCCGACUGUCAUGGCGGACGCACCGUACGUCAAUUUGCAGGAAAUAGAUGAGAUGGCUUAG